CUUAUUGCACCAGUUCAGUAGUGCAGCCAAAAAGAAAGACAGACCAAGCGUUGUGAUGACCAAGUGAUGAACCUUGGACGAGCUGUCACGGAUGAAUUGUUGUUGCGUAUUAAGGGUGUUUGGCAUGUAAUUAUAGGUUGUAAAGGACUAAACGAGACGUUGUGUCUCAAGAAUAACAGAAAUAAACCUGGGAUCGGUUCAUAAAGAAGAUUUCGUUGGAAAAAAGAACGUUGGAAAACGCGCGCUUCUCGACUUGCAUUGUACCUGAAUAAAACUUCGAAGACGUAAUACGUUAUUCCAGCUUGGUCGAGUCUUAAUUCAAGCGACCGGCAAUAAUGGGUCCCGACCACAGACGAUGGGGCAAUUUGCGAAAAGUACUGGAAAGAUCGGGUCCGUUCUGUCGGCCCGACUUCGAGCCAUGUUCCGAGACCUUGCAGUUUCUUUUGGAAAAUUGCAAGCUGCUCGUGAUCGGUGCUGGUGGCCUGGGAUGUGAGCUGCUCAAGAAUCUGGCUCUGAUGGGAUUUCGGCAGAUCCAUGUGAUCGACAUGGACACGAUUGAGCUAUCUAACCUCAACCGGCAAUUCCUGUUUCGCCACAAGGACAUUGGAUCCUAUAAGGCUGAGGUGGCUGCGAGAUUUAUAAACAGCAGAGUACCAGGCUGCAAUGUGAUCGCACACAACUGCGAGAUACAAGCUAAGGACGAGGAGUUCUACCGGCAAUUCCAUAUGAUAAUCUGUGGAUUGGACUCGAUAGUCGCGAGGAGAUGGAUUAAUGGUAUGCUGUUGUCGAUACUCGUCUAUGAGGAUGGUGAACUGGACAAGACCAGCAUUAUACCAAUGAUAGAUGGUGGGACUGAAGGCUUCAAGGGAAACGCUCGUGUUAUACUACCUGGUAUGAGUCCGUGCAUCGAUUGCACAUUAGACUUGUAUCCACCACAGGUUACAUAUCCUUUAUGUACGAUAGCCAAUACUCCACGCUUGCCAGAGCAUUGUAUAGAAUAUGUGAAGGUGAUACAGUGGCCGAAGGAGAACCCGUUCGACUGCGCGAUAGACGGUGAUGAUCCGCAGCACAUAAACUGGAUCUACGAGAAGUCGAACGAAAGAGCGGCUCAGUUCGGCAUACAAGGCUUGACGUACAGACUGGUACAAGGUGUUGUGAAGAACAUCAUACCGGCGGUGGCGUCGACGAACGCUGUUAUCGCCGCGAUCUGCGCGACGGAAGCGUUCAAGCUCGCCAGUAGUUGUAGUGCGUCCUUGAACAACUACAUGGUGCUGAAUAAUCUGGACGGAGUUUACACGUAUACUUACGAGGCAGAGAGAAAGAAAGAUUGCUUAGCGUGUAGCCAAGUGCCGAUAGUGAUCGAGAUCAAAGACCACAAAUGUAAACUACAGGAUCUGAUAGAGCUGCUGUGCAAUCGGCCGGACUUGCAGAUGAAGAGUCCCGGCCUCACGACGAACGUAAACGGUAAAAAUAAAACUCUAUAUAUGCAGACGGUGUCCAGCAUAGAAGAAAGGACUCGUGAGAACUUGACUAAAUCAUUGAUCGACUUGGGUCUAAGAGACGGUAGCGAGAUUAACGUUGCCGACGUCACAACGCCCAAUACGAUGGUCUUGAAGUUGAAAUUCCCGCAAAGCGAUCAAGAGAUGCUGUAACUACGACAGGGAAUUAUCGUCUCUAUUUAAUUGCCCCGUACCUUUACCGCGAAUGUAUUGUCCAUGAAGUUGAAAUAAACCGAGAGAGACUUAAGUACGGUGAGAUAGAAGUGUAAAGCGAAAAAUUAUUCACAGAAUUGCGUAUUGUUCUGUAAUACUUUUCGCGAGCCAGGUAUUCGCCUUCUCUAUGCAGGACUGUAUUGAAGUUCAUCCAGUUCACAAAUCUGCGAUUAUCCGCUUCAGCGUGCGUCUGCAUUUGUUUGGUCGUUCUAAUAGCGACUCCUUAAUGGUUCUUAAACGCAACGAGAAUAUAUGGAAAAGAAACAUU